AUGGUGUACAUUCUAUCUUGCAAACUUCAUAUUUUCCUGGAUCGAGACCAGCAACUAUUUCUCGUUAGUCCCACUGUCCCCUUUUGGAAGAGUGGUGAACUGCCGUAUAAUUUGUCGUUACUGGAAGGAAAGAAUGACACCGAAAGGUUAAUAGAUUUGCACAAUUUUAGUUUCCUCAUCAAUAGCAAGCGCUGUGACGGAGAUGAGUAUCUCUUCUUAGUUGUAUUUGUUCAUUCAGCCCCGACUAAUUUUCAUCGGAGAGAAGUGAUUAGAGCAACUUGGGGUAGUGAAUUCAACUUAAUCGAACCAAUGCGAGUUGUCUUCCUGCUUGGCAGUGUUACAGAUUCCGAGGUGCAACGUCGAAUCCAAGAAGAAAAUGAUAUCUACCACGACAUCGUGCAAGGAAACUUUGAAGACAGCUAUCGUAAUCUCACUUACAAGCACGUCAUGGGUCUGAAGUGGGUCACAUACUUCUGUCGUCAAGCUAGAUUCGUCUUUAAAAGUGACGAUGACAUCUUUGUUGACAUAUUUCAGCUAGCUUUUAUUCUUAAAGAUGUCUUCGGGGAUAAUGGUGGUGUGGCAAAUCUCAUUAUGUGUUAUUUGGCGCACUCGUCUCAUGUGCAGCGCAGUCAUCGUAAUAAGUGGCGUGUGAGCUUCAGAGAGUAUCCAUUUCGAAAGUAUCCAAACUACUGUACUGGUUGGGGAGUGUUAAUAAGUCCUGAUGUCGUAUUUAAGUUAUAUCUCCUGUCUUCCAAAGUACCCUAUUUUUGGAUUGAUGAUGUCCACAUCACAGGCACUUUAGCCAGUCGUCUUGGCAUCUCUCAUGUAGAUUUCAGUGAAAAACUUGAUCUGACAUCCGUGAAUAUAGACAAAUGGCUUAACAGUGAGCAUAUAGUUAGGCCUUUUUUAUUUGGGUAUCCCAAUUCUGAUGCUGAAACUAUUUUUGCUCUUUGGAAUCGAACUAUGCAAUAUUAUUCAAAUAAAGUUACUAUGAAUCACAAUAGGUAG